AUUCCUGCCACUAGUCAUGACGGAGAAAAAUUUUACUUAGAAAUAGGAGAUUACCUUCUAUUACAUCCUUUUCUAUGACUUUUCAACAUCUUAUUCUUUUUUCUAUAUAUGUGAUAGCAUUAUUGAAUAUGUAUAUGCUAUUUAUUCGUCUGAUGGUAAAGUUAUUUUCUUACCCGAUGGACACAGGAUACCUUGUAUCAAUGGGGGAUAAGUUUCUUUUACUGGUAAUGUGUUUAUUGGUAUCUACAUUCUGGUUGGCUAUUGCUUCCUCCUCAGAUGGUCUGGUGAGACUAGGUCUAAGGAAACAGCGCUUAGGCAUUAACAGUAUAAAUGCCGCUAGAAUUAAAGGGACAGACAGUGCAUAUGCUAAGGGAGAAGUAACAACUACUCGUGGCUCAGAUGAUUCAGCAAUGAAUAUAGUUUCCCUGAAGAACUAUUUGGAUGUUCAGUAUUUUGGAGAAGUUGGAAUUGGUUCACCACCACAGAAGUUCACUGUCAUCUUUGAUACUGGCAGUUCCAACCUAUGGAUUCCAUCUUCACAUUGUUAUUUUUCCGUUGCUUGCUUUUUCCACUCUAGAUACAACUCUAGCAAGUCAAGUACAUACACGGAGAUUGGGAAACCUUGCAAAAUCAAUUAUGGUUCUGGAAUGAUUUUGGGCUUCUUCAGUGAAGAUAAUAUAAAAGUUGGAGGCCUUGUUGUCAAAAAUCAAGUAUUUACAGAAGCCAUAAGAGAAGGAAGUCUUAUUCUUUCUUUGGCAAGUUUUGAUGGGAUACUUGGACUUGGGUUUCAGGACAUUUCUGUGGGGAAUGUGGCUCCGCUUUGGUACAGUAUGAUGGAACAAAGCCUAGUUGCUCAGAAGGUAUUCUCCUUCUGGUUCAACAAAGAUCCAUCGGCCAGCGAAGGCGGUGAGAUUGUCUUUGGUGGUGUUGAUCAGAAGCACUUCAAGGGAAAGCAUACUUAUGUCCCGGUCAUUCGGAAAGGUUAUUGGCAGAUUGAAUUGGCAGAUUUUUUAAUUGCAGACAAAUCCACAGGAUUUUGCACCAACUGCACUGCUAUAGUGGAUUCAGGCACGUCCUUCAUUGCUGGCCCCAAAGCUGCUGUGACAAAAAUGAAUCAUGCUAUUGGAGCGAAAGGAUUUGUGAGCAUGGAAUGUAAAAAAGUGGUUGCUCAGUAUGGCGAUCUGAUGUGGCAGCUCUUGUUAUCAGGGCUACAGCCCGACAAAUUAUGUUCCAAUAUUGGUAUAUGCUCCUACAAUAGGACUCAAAAAAUGAGUGAAACUAUUGAAAUGGUGGUAGAACAAAAGAGAGAGAAGCACACAGAAGUCGGCCAGGACCUUCUAUGCACUGCUUGUGAGUUGACUUUAGCAUGGAUAAGGACAGAGCUUACGCAAAACAAAACAGAAGGAAGAGUAAUUGAAUAUGUGAACAAGUUGUGCGAUAACCUACCAAAUCCCACAAGAGAACUAGCUGUUGAUUGUGAAAAAAUACCAAACAUGCCGACUGUUUCAUUUAUCAUUGGGAAUAAAUCCUUCCACCUUACUCCCGAGCAGUACAUCCGCAGAGUGGAACAAAAUUUCUCUACCUUCUGCGUCAGUAGCUUUAUUGCAUUGGAUAUUCCUCCUCCUCAGGGUCCUCUCUGGAUUCUUGGGGAAAUCUUCAUGGAAGCAUAUCACACUGUGUUUGAUUUUGGUAAUCUCCGAGUAGGAUUUGCAGAAGCUGUUUAGGGCUGUCUAAGGAAAUACCCAGUGCUAUUUGCAAGAUGAUCAAUGAUUGCUUGGCUAUGUUAUACUAUGAUGCCGUAUCAUUGUACUCAAAUUAUUAAUGGAUGUGCUGGGCAACAUUUUAUCCUUUACUUUGCUACAUCCCAAAUUGAAAGGAAAAGAUUUUAAGGAAGUACUUUUAUCAACUUUAUUGCCAUAUUGGCACCUGGGUUUUGCAUUCAACCACGAAUCG